GAUUCUGUGACCAUCUUCCUCUCCUCAUUGACUCUGCAUGAAGGGGAUUCCUGGUGGGGGAAGGGUAGCCGCUCUUGCCGCAGGUGCAGAGAGAGAGGAACUUCCAGUGCCUGCUACUGAGCCAGAGCCCACAGUAUGGGGAAGGCCCCAUCCAGAGGCAGCACUGCAGCUAGAGGUAGCUCCAGAGCCCUCUGGGCCCUGCACCGGUAUAGCCAAAGACCAGCCAAGCGAGGAACUGCCAGACCUCAUGCUACCUGCCAAGGCCACUGGCCUCAACCCUGCAGCUGAGAGCGUAGCUGGAGAUAGACGUGGCAGAGAGGAGGUUGCAAGCAAGGCUCCAGCCAGCAGCUCCCACGCUGUCCCUAGUCCUGGGCAUGGUGCGAGCCUUGGUGUCGGAGGCCAGGGUGUUAAGCCUGGGCUCCUCUACCUCACUAAAGAGAGGCCUCUUUUAUUUACUAGAGCCACAGCCCUGCUGCAUCAGGACCUUUUCAUUCUGCUGGUGCUGGAGCUAUCUAUCCGCAAGUUGGAGGUGCUUGAGAGCAGGAAAAGGAGGCUGCGAGAAAGAGUUCCAAUAGCUCCUCCUGCUCCCAGAGGCGGCCUGCUCUUCCAUGAGAGCAAAAAAAGAAGCCUGUGA